GGCAGCGGCGGUAUCGAUGGUCAACCCCGGGGGGAUUGGCCCCGCUGCAGGUCCCUGGAAAGCAGCUUGUGGCGUUGCAGACAUUCACAAAAUGCCUUAUUUUACAAAACUCAUUUUGUUCUUGUUUUGCCUGAUGGUUCUGGUGGCCAGCAGAAAGCCCAAGAGGAGGAAAUGGACAGGGCAGCUGGAAAUGCCCACGCCAAGUCACCUUUAUAAGAAGAACCUCGACAUGACCAAGAUCCGGAAGGGAAAACCUCAGCCACUUCUCAGAGUGGAGGACCAUGAUUUCACCAUGAGGCCUGCCUUCGGAGGCCCUGCCAUCCCAGUGGGUGUGGACGUGCAGGUGGAGAGCUUGGACAGCAUUUCAGAGGUGGACAUGGACUUCACCAUGACCCUGUACCUGCGGCACUACUGGAAGGAUGAAAGGCUGUCCUUCUCCAGCACCAGCAACAAGAGCAUGACCUUUGAUGGCCGGCUGGUGAAGAAGAUCUGGGUCCCCGACGUCUUCUUUGUUCACUCCAAAAGGUCAUUCACCCAUGAUACCACCACGGACAACAUCAUGCUGAGGGUGUUCCCGGAUGGGCACGUGCUGUACAGCAUGAGGAUUACAGUCACUGCCAUGUGCAACAUGGACUCCAGCCACUUUCCCCUGUACUCCCAGACCUGUUCUUUGGAGCUGGAAAGCUAUGCACAUAGAGAUGAAGAUCUGAUGCUGUGUUGGAAGCAUGGAGAUGAAUCCCUAAAAACAGAUAAGAUCUCCCUGUCUCAGUUCCUAAUUCAGAAAUUCCACACCACUUCCAGACUGGCCUUCUACAGCAGCACCGGCUGGUACAACCGUCUAUACAUUAACUUCACCUUGCGUCGUCACAUCUUCUUCUUCUUGCUCCAAACCUAUUUCCCUGCCACCCUGAUGGUCAUGCUGUCCUGGGUGUCCUUCUGGAUCGACCGCAGAGCUGUGCCUGCCAGAGUCUCACUGGGUAUCACCACGGUGCUGACCAUGUCCACCAUCAUCACGGGCGUGAACGCCUCCAUGCCCCGCGUGUCCUACGUCAAGGCCGUGGACGUCUACCUCUGGGUGAGCUUUGUGUUCGUGUUCCUCUCGGUGCUGGAGUACGCGGCCGUCAACUACCUGACCACGGUGCAGGAGCGCAAGGAGCGGAAGCUGCGGGAGAAGUUCCUGUGUACGUGCGGAAUGCUUCACUCACGAACCAUGAUGCUGGAUGGAAGCUACGAGUCUGAGGCCAACAGCUUGGCUGGGUACCUGAGGAGCCACGUUCUGACCGAAGAAGAAAGGCAAGACAAAAUAAUGGUCCACCUCACCCUGAGCAAUGAAUCCAAUUCUUCCAGGAAGAAGGGGCUUCUGAAGGGCCAGAUGGGCCUUCGCAUCUUCCAGAACACCCAUGCCAUUGACAAAUACUCCAGGUUGAUAUUCCCUGCCUCUUACAUAUUUUUCAACCUAAUUUAUUGGUCAGUGUUUUCCUAGGGGCUCCAAGGCUGUGCCUGGGAAAGGGCCUAGACAUCUAUGGGGCCUGGCCAGCCAUCUGCACAUGGACCUGCUGACCACGCUUCCCUCAGCAGACAGAGCAGCAGCCCCUGGACUCCCGUGAGCGGCAGCCCCUCCUGGAGGAGCCCAGGAGCCCUCCAGCUGCCCUUCCCCGACCUCAGGUUUUGCCCCUCAUUCAUGCUGUGCUGUGUCCCACUUCACGUCUCUCUGGGAUUGUCUUCUUCUGUUCUUGUGUGUGAACAGGUUGAGAGCCCCUCCCUAUAAAAAAAUACUCAGAUGCCUUUUAGAUGUUCUGAGACCCCUAUGAAGCCUAGGAUUCGGCUGUGAAAAGAAAAAGGGAAAUUGAAGGGCAAGCUUAGGGGCAUUCUGGAUAGGACACAGGAAAUUAGGAUUCGAAAUAGGAAUAAAACAUCUGUAAACCCAUACAACUGGAUUAAGUGCCUACCUAAGACGGAAUAAAGCUCAGAUCCCAGACCGUAUAUAAUUGACCUGUGUGAGUCUGUCAACUGACAUGAUUUUGCAGUAUUUGGGGACAUCAUUCAUUCAUCCAUUCAACCAUUUAUUAAAUAUUGAGUGCCAGGUGCUGUGGAAACGCACAACUAGAGGUCCUCUAAGUCUGUGCCCAUUCCACAGCUGGCAGAAAGCACUCUGCUCUUCUCCCGCCCUGUACUCCCAGUUACCCCACAGACCCCUUCUGUUUGCUGGUGCUUUCCCCGCUAGGUCUGUCUAGAAGAGCAUUUCCUGUCUCCUGUGAGGCUCCCAUGAAGCCAGCUCAAUGCUCUUCUCCUGGAAUCUCCAUGCAGGAGAAGCCUGGUGCUGGGGCGAGGGAGGGACUAGAGCAUUUGUGACAGCAGAACUUGG